ACAUAACAAUUAUUUAUAUCUUUACUUCAUUCGGUUACAAUUUAUAGAAGAUAUGGAUUCCCAGAAGGCAAGCUACAACGCUGGAGUGGCCAAAGGCCAAACUGAGGAAAAGGCUAGCAACAUGAUGGACAAGGCUUCCAAUGCUGCUCAGUCAGCACAAGACUCCAUGCAAGAGGCUGGUCAACAGAUGAAGGCAAAGGCACAAGGAGCUGCUGAUGCCAUGAAGGAUGGAGUGAACAAGUGAGGAGCAGUGGAUCAUUUUGCUGGAUUUGGUUUCCGUUGACAUUGUCAAAUGCCAUGUUGAUUCAAUUGUAGAUUUAUGUCCCAAGUUAAUUAAUCUCGGGCAUAUCCAUAAGUAGAUUUCAUUUCAUACCAAAUGUAAUCGUCUUUUUCAUUCAUAAGUUAGUGAAAUCAAAUUCGUUCCUGUCA